AUUUUAAAAAGCACUAAUGCUAAAUAAUAGUGUCAGUUGUUGCAGCCUUAGACAACAAUGUCCAAGUUACUUGGACUAACUUUUGUGGCAUGUUUCUGUAUUAAUAUACAAAGUAUAUCAGCGAUUAAUUGUUUCGAUUGCAACACAUUGGAAGAUUGUACUUUUCCUUUGAUUCCAUCUGCCGUAUGCGAUACGAAAAAUGGCCAGAAUCAAUGUUUGACUUCAGUAUUAUUGUCCAACGGUAUGAAGAGUUACAAACGUGGAUGCUGGAAAGGAGGAUGCCAAGAACUAAAUGCAAAUCCAGGUCCAAAUACCAAAGUUUUGUAUUGCAGAACUUGUAGACAAUCAAAUUGUAACGAUGAUGAUUUUCCUAAAAAUUCUUAAGCAGGCAACUACUGGUGAAUUGGCAAAUACAUUUCAUUGAAAUACCCAA